AUGCCCAGCAAAAACUCCUACGAAAUAGUUGGAGGGGUUUCCACACAACUUAUCGACGAUCUUGAGUUGAACGCCACAUUCGAAGCAACUUUGCCGGUCCCCUUUAGGGCUUCUACGGAUGGCACAUGCCUUGAGCGACUCCCCCCUCCAACCCAUGUGAACGACCAAUUCAGAUCGCCAGAAGCUUGGAGCAGACAACGAAAAAUCUCUGUGUUAUGUUUAUUGUGCGUUGCUACCGCAUUCGCGUCGGUAGCGGCGAGCUCUUACGCUUCUGCAAAGGAUGCCCUGGCUGCGGAAUGGAGCAUCAGUCAGACAGCCGCCGCAGUUGGUAUCACGACUUUUACGCUGGGUUUCGCCAUAACACCCAUGAUACUAGCGCCUUUGUCCGAGAUAUGGGGUAGAAAAUUGGUUUUUACGCUCACUGGUACCUUGUUUGUCAUCUGCCAAAUUUGUAGCGCCAUUACCCAGUCAUAUGGAGGGAUGCUAGUUGCGCGCUUCUUUGCCGGCGUGGGUAGCUCGACAUACUCCAGCAUGAUCGGAGGCGUCAUCUCGGAUAUCUACAAACCUCAUGAGCGCAAUGCACCGAUGGCCGUAUUUUCUGGUGGAGCCCUGUUCGGGACGGGGUUGGGUCCUCUAUUCUGCGGGUUCAUCGUCCAGUAUCUGAAUUGGAGAUGGAUAUUCUGGGUUCAAGUCAUUGUCAAUGCACUCAAUGCACUAGCAUUCCUUUUGUUCCUGCCAGAAACCCGACAAAAUGUCCUGCUCCGACGAAAAGCAGACGUUUUGAACCAGUGGUACAAGGAAGAAGCCGAAUCGGUGUCCGGAUUUGAGGUGACAAUCAGCGGAGAAGGGCAGACCGUUUUAUCCCGACAGAUCAAGUGGCGCACCCAGGGUGAUGAAGGAAGAGGAUCAAUCGGCCAGAUGAUUGCUGCUUCCAUGACCCUUCCCUUCGUCCUGCUCUUCACUGAGCCAAUCGUCUUCUUCUUCUCAUUAUGGGCAGCGUUUAGCUGGUCAAUUCUGUACCUUGGCUUUGCCGCGGUUCCCCUCAUCUUUACUACGGUAUAUGGUUUCGAUCUCUCAACUGCUAACACCAUCUUCACAAGUUCGUGUAUCGCAUCGCUCAUCGCCACUCCGAUCAGCAUCUACCAGGAACGCUGGUUGAACACGACAUCCAAUCCCAAGAUCCCAUUGGACAGACCGGAAAGAAGACUAUACUUCAGUUGCGUUGAGAGUAUCUGUCUACCGAUCGGCCUCUUCAUCUUGGGCUGGACGGCUCGAGAGCAGGUCCACUGGAUCGUCCCGGCUAUCGGCCUCGGCAUCUCGACGCUGGGGAUUUUCUCCAUCUAUUUGGCUGUUUUCAACUAUCUAGCGGACAGUUACCACGGUUACGCUAGCUCUGCUUUGGCAGCACAGUCAUUUUGCAGAAAUUGCUUGGGCGGUAUCUUCCCGCUUGUUACAGUGCAGAUGUACACCAAUCUCGGGUACGGACCGGCAUCUAGCCUGCUCGGUGGGAUCGGCCUAUUGCUUACCGCAGGUCCUUGGAUUCUUGUCGGAUAUGGCGAGACAAUCCGGGCGAAGAGUCGAUUUGCCAACAAAUUGAAUCAGUAA